UUGUGGAAAAAGUAAUGUGCAUUGUGCACUCUCCGGUUCGUGUCAUCAUCACCACCAUGACACUUGCCAACGUUACAACAACUUCCUCUGCCUCUCUCUCUCUCUCUGUCUCUGUGUGUCUCUCUCUAGGACAUUUCAGAACCCAUUUGUAGCAACGAAACAAUGAGUGGCACCGCCUUUAAGGUUGCUGUGUUGGGAAGUGGAAUUUCAGGAGCAGUGUGUGCAUCAACUCUUGCACGAAAUGGGGUUUCUGUAACUCUGUUUGAAUCAGCUAGAGGCCCUGGUGGACGCAUGUCCCAGAGAAGAGAUAAAACUGAAGAUGGGAAGGAGCUGCAUUUCGACCAUGGUGCUCCGUUUUUCUCAGUUAGCAAGUCUGAAGUGUUAUGUCUAGUUCAAGAGUGGGAGUCAAGGGGUCUAGUAGCUGAAUGGAAGGAAAAGUUUGGCUCAUUUGAUUUUCACACCCUUAAAUUUAACAACACAGAGCAGGAAGGAUUAAGCAAAAGAUUUGUGGGUGUUCCAGGCAUGAAUUCUAUAUGUAAAGCAUUAUGCAAUGAGAGUGGUGUGGAAAGCAAGUUUGGUGUGGGUAUUGGAAGAGUUGAAUGGUUGGCAGAUGAAAAUUUGUGGUCAUUGACUGGGACGGAUGGACAACAUCUUGGUCAAUUUAAGGGGCUUGUUGCAUCAGACAAGAAUAUAGUUUCUCCCAGGAUUUCAGAGGUGACAGGACGGUUACCACCUCUUGAUUCAAAGUUGGUGCCAGAGUUGUCUGAAAAGUUGUUCAAUCUUCCUGUUAGGCCGUGUUUUGCUGUAAUGCUGGCGUUUGCAGAGCCUCUGUCAACAAUUCCAGUCAAAGGCAUCUCUUUUAAAAAUUCUAAAGUUUUAAGCUGGGCUUAUUGUGAUAGCAGCAAGCCAAGCCGUUCUACUACAAGUGAAAGAUGGGUUCUUCAUUCAACAGCAGAAUACGCAGAGGAUAUAAUUGCUCAAACUGGAAUGAAGAAGCCCUCAGACAUUACACUGAAUAAAGUGACUGAACAGCUUUUCCAAGAAUUUCAAAGCACAGGGCUUAACAUAUCUCAACCCUUUUUCAAGAGAGCCCAUAGAUGGGGGAGUGCAUUUCCAGCUGCUAGUAUUGCCCAAGACAAAAAAUGUCUUUGGGACAGAAACAAGAGACUAGCCAUCUGUGGAGACUUCUGUGUUAGUCCCAAUGUUGAAGGUGCCAUAGAUAGUGGCUUGGCAGCAGCAUUAAGGCUUAAAGAUAGUGUCAGCUGUUUAUAAUUGGAGCCUUGAAAGUAUUAUUAUUUGUAGUUGUUCAAACUUCUAUCUGAGCUUAUUUUUGCUGGGAAAACUCAUGUUUAAAUUUCUUUUAAGUCAUUGCUGUGUUACCAAGUAAGAUAAUAAGGUAAACGUGUUUACGUUUAUAGAUGAUGGACAAAUCUACUGUGACUAUGAAUUUGUGAUCAUGUUAUCCCUUUUUUGUUAAAUAGAA